UCCAGGAAGAAGGCAAGCAGGCAGCUCAGCAGAGGUUGGAGAACUCAGGGUGGGACCCGACGGGGCAGCCAAGCUGGGACACCCAGGGAGCUGGGAAAGUUGGUAGAAACCAGGCAGAGGGGGGAUUAAAUUUAGGGUGAGGGGGUCAGAAGCUGGGAGCAUUGGGGCUGUGUGGAGAGACAGAUCUGGGUAAUGGGUGGAUAAAGUUGUGGAGGGGGGGCUGCAGAGGUUCGUGGGAGGCCAGAGGGCAGUUAGCAAGAUGCGGGGGAGCUAGAAGGGUGAUCUCUGGAGGGGUGUGGCAGAGUUGGCAGUCCGUGAGUUGUGCCAGCGUAGGGUUCUAGUGAAAUGCUUCUAUGCCACUUCUGUAUGGAUUUAGAAAGGUGCUUCUGUAGGUGAGAGUCCAAAGUUAGACUAGAUCCUGGCAAGGGGGGGAGAUAAGAAGGGACCCUUUGGAAAGAGGCUGUUGAGGUGGGUGGGUUCUCAGUUAAGGUGUCCUAAAUUGUGGGAGGUCCGCGGUGACAAUCGGGUGCCUAUCGGGGAAUGAAGGCUGGGUGCCAGCGAGAAGGCUCCAGAGGUGUGGCACUCCCUGAGUCGAGGCUCCAGCUAGCGUGUCUACCAAGAGAACAGCCAUGCGGAGGUCGUGAAGCCAUGUGGUGGCUACUCGUGGUCCUCUCCCAGCUGGGCAUGGUGGCCGGGGCCAACUUGACCAUCGCGGUGGUGUUGCCACAGCACAACACGACGUACCCAUGGGCCUGGCCAAGGGUGGGCCCUGCCAUCCAACUGGCCAUCCAGAAGAUCAACAGCCAGCCAGACUUCCUUCCCAGCUAUACCGUGCGGUCAGUCUUCAACACCAGUGAGGAUGACCAUGGUGUCUGCUCCGACUCCGUGGCCCCCUUAUCUGCUGUGGACCUCAAGAUGGGCUAUGACCCAGAUGCCUUUAUGGGCCCCGGUUGUGUCUACACCUCGGCACCUGUGGCCCGUUUCACCAGGCACUGGAAACUGCCGCUAGUGACUGCCGGGGCCGAGGCGGUGGGUUUUGGCAACAAAGGUGAGUUCGCCUUAACCACGCGCACCGGGCCCAGCCACGCCAAGUUGGGCGAGUUUGUUGUUUACCUGCACGAGCACUUCAACUGGACCAGCCGAGCCCUGCUUGUUUAUUGGGACAAUAAGACGGACGACCGGCCGUGCUUCUUUGCCGUGGAAGGGCUGUACGUGACGCUGCCGGAGAUGACCAAUAUAACGGUUGAGGAGAGCCCCUUUUCAGAGAUGAACUACAGCGCGCUGAUCCGGGACAUCAAGAAGAAGGCCCGGAUUGUGUACGUCUGCUGUGCCCUGGGCAUCUUCCACGAACUCAUGCUCUAUGCGCAUCGUGAGGGGCUCACCAGGGGCGAGUAUGCCUUCUUCUACAUUGACCUCUAUGGGGCCAGCCUGCAAAGCUCUCACUUUCCCGAUCGACGUCUCCCCUGGCAACGAGGGGACGCAAACGAUGCUCUGGCCCGGGAGGCCUAUAAGUCUGUGAUGAUCAUCACCUACGCUGAGCCAACAAACCCUGAAUACAAGCCGUUCCUAGAGGAGGUCAGACAGGCAGCCCGAACAGAAUUCAACUUCACCAUGGAGGAUGGGCUGAAGAACUACAUUGCCGCAGCUUUCCACGACGGGGUGAUGCUAUACGCCCAGGCUGUGAACGAGACGCUGGAGAUGGGGGGAUCCAUCCGCAACGCCACCGCCAUCACCCGCCAGAUGCGGAACCGAACCUACUACGGGGUCACGGGGUUCCUGAAAAUUGACAAGAACGGUGAUCGGGAGACGGACUACUCACUGUGGGACAUGGAUCCAGCCUCAGGAGAGUUUGAGAUUGUUGCCAAUUACAACGGGACCACCAAGAAGCUAGAGAUGGUGCCCGGAAAGGAUAUCCACUGGCCGGGGAACAGCAUUCCUAGAGAUGUGCCGUUCUGCGGUUUUGAGAACAGCAACCCAGCUUGUCAAAAAGCUUCCUUCUCCUUGUUGGAAAUCCUGUCUCUUGUCAUGAGCUUAGUUCUCUCUCUGGUGACCAUCGCAGCCUUCUUUGUGUACAGGAAAAUGAAGCUGGAGAAGGAGCUGGCCUCGGAGCUGUGGCGCAUUCACUGGGACGAUGUGCAGUCGAGCAAUCUGGAGAAAAAUUUGCGCAGUGUGGGCAGCAAGCUCACCCUUUCGUUGAGAGGCUCAAACUACGGGUCCCUGCUUACCACAGAGGGACAGUUCCAGGUAUAUGCCAAGACAGCUUAUUACAAGGGUAACCUCGUGGCCGUGAAGUAUGUGAACCGGAAGCGACUUGAGCUGACACGCAAAAUUCAGUUUGAGCUAAAACACAUGAGAGACGUUCAAAACAAGCACCUGACACGUUUUAUCGGGGCCUGCAUCGAUCCGCCGAAUAUCUGUAUUCUGACCGAGUACUGCACCCGCGGUAGUCUCCAGGAUAUCCUGGAGAACGACAGCAUCACUUUGGACUGGAUGUUCCGCUAUUCGCUCACCAAUGACAUUGUCAAGGGGAUGCUAUUCCUCCAUAACGGGGUGAUCAACUCCCACGGCAACCUGAAAUCUUCCAACUGUGUGGUAGACAGCCGUUUUGUCCUGAAGAUCACGGACUACGGGCUAGAGAGCCUCCGCCAGCCUCCUGAUACAGAGGACUCGCACGCACUGUUUGCCAAGAAACUGUGGACUGCCCCUGAGCUCUUGCGGAUGGAGAUGCCCCUGGCAUGUGGCACCCAGAAAGGUGACGUCUACAGCUUCGGGAUUAUUUUGCAGGAGAUCGCUUUACGCAAUGGCGUCUUCUAUGUGGAAAGCAUGGCCCUGAGCCCCAAAGAGAUCAUCGAGCGAGUGAAGAGUGGUGAGUGCCCCCCAUUCCGGCCCUCCGCCAACCUGGGCUACAACCUUGAGGACGUGGUGCACCUUAUGCAGCGAUGCUGGGCAGAAGACCCCCAGGAGCGCCCCGACUUCCAGCACAUCAAAGGCAUGCUGAGGAAGUUCAACAAGGAGAGUAGCAGCAACCUCUUGGACACAUUGCUAUCGCGCAUGGAGCAGUACGCCAACAACCUGGAGGAGCUAGUGGAGGAGCGCACACAGGCCUACCUGGAGGAGAAGCGCAAGGCAGAGGCCCUGCUGUACCAGAUCCUUCCACACUCGGUAGCAGAGCAGCUGAAACGCGGAGAGACGGUGCAAGCCGAGGCCUUUGACAGCGUCACCAUCUACUUCAGUGAUAUUGUGGGUUUCACGGCACUGUCGGCAGAAAGUACGCCGAUGCAGCGGCCUGAGAACACAGCUGUGUUAUCUUUCUUUGAAGCUCACUGAAGUGACCUUGCACUGUCUGAAAUGUUGCCGUUUCUUUUAUGCCUCUUUGUCCUGUCUAGCCAAUGUAUAAACUCCAGCAGAAGUUUCCAGACUCCUUCCCGCACAAACUUGUGGUUUUGGGAGGGAGGAAAUAAUUGAGUAUUUAGAGCUGUACUUUUCUCAAGUUUCUAUUCCUAUCAAGGAAACAUGUACUGUUUAGAUGCUUUCUUGCCUCUGAGUAAUUCUAUGGACAUAUAUAUGGAAAGAUUGGAUUUCUGAAUAAAAACCAUUUAACCAAGAGCUUGGACUUCUUGUUGCAAUGGUACAGAGACCUGGUUACCGUAUCUUGUCAUCCAUAGCCUGACAGUGGGAAACGAGUGCCAGAUAUGCUGCCCUGAGCUCCUUGGAGGAAGGACAAAAUUUAAAAUGUGGUAAUUGAUAACAAGAAGAAAAAGAUUGUCGACAGAGUCUUGGAGAUCCAUAUGUAGCCAUCCCUACAGCCCGAACUCGGUAGAACUUGGAAGCUAAGCUGGGACAACCAGGGUUAGUACUUGGAUAGGAAACGACCAAAGAAGACAGGGUGCUGUGCGGAGGAAGGCAACGGCAAACCGCCUCAGCUCAUUUCUUGCCUGGAACAAGUUGGUUGCACCUUGACGUCUCCCAUCGAUUCCAUGCAAAAUGGAAAGCAGGAUUUUGCUCUUCCCAGUCCUCAUCGUCUUCUCUAGCAGCAGAUCGUUAGAAACAGUAACCGCCUUUCAUUUCUGCCUCCCUCAUUCCAAAUGUUGAGUUUUCCAGGAGAGGACGCUACCUGUUAAUGUACAGCAAAUUACAAUAAUUAGUCAUCCACAACCGGUCCUUUGGAAAAGGCAACGUGUGCGCUGUAGUUCUGUAUGGAAAAAUGGCAGAAUUCAGCUUGUUAAAAAUCUUAGCUUAAAAAAAACAAACCCCAAAGCAGCAGGCUUUUAGCUCUAAUUGUUCAACGACACAACUGCGAGGCAAUGCCGGGUGAAAUAGGAUAAUGUUCCAGAGGAACUGCUCAGUAAGGCUGAGCAUAUUGAAAGCUGCCUUAUACCAAAUCAGACCAUUAGUCCAUCAGUGCUCUGGUUGACAGUAACAAUCGAAAGUCUCAGGAAAAGGAAGUUCUUUCCCAAUUUUUGCAACUUGAUUUUCUUGGCAUACAAAACAGACAUCGUAUCCCUGAGCGGCAUCUGCUCCAGGGGAUUACCAGUUGUUAAAAUGACCCUUCUCCCAACUCUUUUGCAUAUUUCUGUCCGGCCUUUCCUCCUGGAUACACAAGGGGAUAUAUGCGACUCUCACUUCUCCAUUUUAUCUUCUCAACAACCCUGUGAGGUAAAUUAUGCUGAGAGAGAGAGAGGGUGACUGGUUCAAGACCCUUUAGUGAACUUUAUGGUUGAAGGAGAGAUUUGAACCUGGGUCUCUCUGUUCAGAGUUCACUAUUACCUACUUAACCACAGUGUUUUAACCUUGUGGUUUUACACCUCUUUUCUGGAUAUAUUAGUGCCACACUCAGUGAUUAACAAGUUAAUGUCAUUAUUAUCCCAGCAACAGACACCUUGCAAGGUAGCUGGAGCUGAGAGAGUUCUGAGAGAGCUGUGACUGACCCAAGGACACCCUGCAGGCUUCAAGUGGAGGAGUGGGGAAUCAAACCUGGUUCUCCACAUUACAGUCCUGCCGCUCUUAACCAUUACACCAAACUGGCUCUCAGGGGCAGAGACGAGCCAACAAGCAGAAGAAUAAGUUAUGCCAACAAAGGGAGGAAAUUCAGAAGCAGCUGUGCAAAAUACAAUUUGGUGACAUUUAUUCAGAUUACAGAAUUUAGAUUUUCUUAUUGCAGAAUCCCCUCCCCCAGUAAGAAAAUAAAAUUCCUCGU